AACAAACCAGUUAUAUUGAUUUUAGCAAUUUAGAACAGUUUUUUUUUCCUUGAUGUUUGACCAGGAUUUGUAAUGAAUAAUUAUUAGCAUAAUUAUUAUUAGAAUGCAGAUGUAGGCCUACAAACGUUUUCUUGUUUUGUUUUCUUUUCUUUUUUCCCUGCUAAUUAUUAUUUUGCAGGUUUAAGAAUUACCGGUAUAGAAACAAACAAACAAACAAAAGUUUACCGAAAGUUAAUUCACUGUACAUUUGGUUCAAAAUGUGUAAACAAGAUGGAGGCGUGUGUCAAAUAAUGUACAUCUGGUCUUGUGUUGCUUAGUUCUUUAAAUUUUUAGAAGCCGUGAAUAUGCUUACAGCCUUUCAAAAUGUAAGGACACGCAGUCCAUUCUGCAAAGGCAAACAUAGAAUACAUUACCAGUACUUACUGCACCUGGUAGAAAGCUAACGUUUUAAAAAGAAUUCCUCUGUUGGUGCGAUUACUGAAUCCCCCCCAAGGGCUCGUCCCCGCUUUCGUUUUUGAUUGGAUGAUUUAAAGUUAUCGACAAUCCCAGCCCCGCCCACCUGUUGGUGAACCGAAAGAUGAAAAUAAAAAACCGAAAAACAAACAAUUACAGUUGUGGAAAAGGACUCCUGAAGUUCUGCGGGCAAGUUGUGUGUGUGAGAGUCGUUAAAGAGAAAUGAAGAUUGCUGUGAUCGGUCAGAGCCUCUUUGGGCAGGAGGUCUAUAAAGAGCUGCGCAAGGAAGGACACACUAUUGUGGGAGUGUUCACAGUCCCAGACAAAGAUGGAAAAGCAGACCCUUUAGCCACAGAGGCAGAGAACGAUGGGGUGCCAGUGUUUAAGUUCCCACGCUGGAGGCUGAAGGGGAAGGCUAUAGCGGAGGUGCUAAACCAGUACAGGGCUGUCGGGCCGGAGCUCAAUGUGAUGCCGUUCUGCUCCCAGUUCAUCCCCAUGGAGGCGAUCGACUUCCCCAAGCACGGAUCCAUCAUCUACCACCCCUCCCUCCUCCCCCGGCACAGAGGAGCCUCCGCCAUUAACUGGACCCUCAUUCACGGCGAUAAAAAGGGGGGGUUCACAGUUUUCUGGGCUGACGAAGGACUGGACACAGGUCCAAUCCUCCUCCAGAGAGAGUGUGAAGUUUAUCCUGACGACACAGUGAACACCAUCUACAAGAGAUUCCUCUUUCCAGAGGGGAUCAAAGGCACAGUGGAUGCGGUUAGACUGAUUGCAGAGGGGAAGGCCCCUAGGAUUAUACAACCAGAGGAAGGGGCAACCUACGAGGGUAUCCAGAAGAAAGACAAUGCCAAGAUAAACUGGGACCAGCCUGCUGAAGCAAUCCACAACUGGAUCAGAGGAAAUGACAAAGUCCCAGGAGCCUGGGCUGAGGUGGAUGGGCAGAAAGUGACUUUCUAUGGCUCUUCCUUGGUGGACAAUGCUACUACCCCUAACGGCCAGCCACUGGAGAUACCAGGAGCCAGCAAACCAGGGCUUGUCACCAAAAAUGGCUUGGUGCUGUUCGGCAAUGAUGGCAAGCCGUUGAUAGUGAGGAACCUGCAGUUUGAAGAUGGGAAGAUGAUUGCAGCCUCUCAGUAUUUCAAAGCUGCGGAGAGCACAACUGUGGAGCUGACUGAGGAGGAGAGGAGCUUUGCAGAAGAGAUGCGGGUUGUCUGGAAAGGGAUUCUGUCUAACGUGGAGGACAUUGAGGACUCGACUGACUUUUUCAAGUCCGGAGCUGCAUCCAUGGAUGUUGUGAGGCUGGUGGAGGAGGUGAAGCUGCGAGGCAGCGGGCUGCAGCUACAGAACGAAGAUGUGUACAUGGCCACCACCUUCCAGGAGUUCAUCCAGAUGUUGGUGCGCAAGCUGAGAGGGGAGGACGAGGAGGAGGAGAUGGUCAUUGAUUACGCUGAGAGGAAUGUGAACAACAUGACGGUCCGGAUGCCUCACCAGCUCUUUAUUAACGGGCAGUUUGUGGAUGCAGAGGGAGGAAAAACGUACCAGACCAUUAACCCGAACGAUGGCACGGCUAUCUGCAGCGUUUCCUUGGCUCAGGUCUCGGAUGUGGAUAAAGCAGUAGCCGCUGCUAAAGAAGCCUUUGAGAACGGAGAGUGGGGGAAGAUGAACCCAAGAGACCGGGGAAGGCUCAUUUACAAGCUGGCUGAUUUGAUGGAGGAACACCAAGAGGAGCUGGCCACUAUAGAAUCCAUCGACUCUGGCGCUGUCUACACCCUCGCCCUCAAAACCCACAUUGGCAUGUCUAUCCAGACCUUCCGUUACUUUGCAGGCUGGUGUGACAAGAUACAGGGCUGUACCAUCCCCAUUAACCAGGCUCGGCCCAAUCGAAACCUGACUUUCACAAAGAGGGAGCCAAUCGGGGUGUGUGCAAUUGUUAUUCCUUGGAACUACCCUCUUAUGAUGCUGGCAUGGAAGACUGCGGCCUGUCUAGCUGCUGGGAAUACUGUGGUACUGAAGCCAGCCCAGGUGACUCCGCUUACAGCCUUGAAAUUUGCUGAGCUCACUGUGAGGGCUGGCUUUCCAAAGGGAGUCGUUAAUAUUCUACCUGGGGCAGGUUCCCUGGUCGGGCAGAGGAUGUCCGAUCACCCUGAUAUUCGGAAGCUCGGGUUUACUGGCUCCACACCGAUCGGAAAACAGAUCAUGAAAAGCUGUGCAUUGAGCAAUGUAAAGAAGGUCUCCCUAGAGCUGGGUGGGAAAUCCCCACUCAUUAUCUUCAGUGACUGUGACAUGGACAAAGCUGUGAGGAUGGGAAUGAGUUCUGUGUUCUUCAAUAAAGGUGAAAACUGCAUUGCAGCUGGCCGACUGUUUGUGGAAGAAUCCAUUCAUGAUCUGUUUGUAAAGAGAGUGGUGGAGGAGGUGAAGAAGAUGAAAACUGGAGACCCCCUGGACAGGGCGACGGACCACGGCCCCCAGAAUCACAAAGCUCACUUGGACAAGCUAGUGCAGUACAGCCAGGUGGGGCAGAAGGAGGGGGCCACGCUGGUGUGUGGUGGGAAGCAGGUGCCUCGACCAGGGUUUUUCUUUGAGCCUACGGUAUUUACGAAUGUAGAGGACCACAUGUACAUUGCAAAGGAGGAGUCGUUUGGCCCCAUCAUGAUUAUCUCCAAAUUCAAGGAGGGCGAUGUUGACGGUGUACUGAAGCGUGCCAACGACACAGAGUUCGGUCUGGCCUCUGGCGUGUUUACCCGUGACAUCAACAAGGCCAUGUACGUGAGCGAGAAGCUGCAGGCCGGGACCGUGUUCGUCAACACCUACAACAAAACGGACGUGGCGUCCCCCUUCGGAGGAUUCAAACAGUCUGGCAUCGGGAAGGACCUGGGUGAAGAAGCCCUCAACGAAUACCUAAAGACCAAAGCAGUUACAAUUGAAUACUGACAGGACGACGCACUGAGGGAUGGGCCCUCCUUUCUGAAGAAACCACCCAUUUUCUUAAUGUAGCUUGUCCGCAGCAAUUCGAUUUGCUAAUUUCUUUUUAGAAGUAGAAUGUAAACUUACCAGUAUGAUGUUAAUCCUGGAAGCCCCGAAUAUGGACCCAAGAAUGCAUCUACUUUGCCUAGGUUGGCUUUCAUAAAAUUUGCAGAUGGCCUCCAUUGAGGUGCCACAGUAGUUUUCAUUGAGCAUCAUUAGGUGAGGGCUGUCAAUCUGCUCAAGCUACUUUUGAGAAUAGAUCUCACCCCAUUCAAACUCAUUAUGUAUCCUAUGUUUAUUAAUACACUGCUGACAUUUCUAGUAAAACGCUGUGAAUAAGAAUGUUUGUCAAACCCAUGCUUUGACGCAGGGGUAGGUAACCCUGGGCCUGGAGUGCCACAGUCCUGCAGGUUUUGUAGGUAUCUCUUAAUUGUCAAUUGCUAAAUACCUGGAACACAUGGUAAUUCUAACCAAUUAAGCCAAUCAUUAAAUCAAUUAGUUUAUUAAGGGGCUUGGAUAAAACAAAAACCAGACAUGUCUGUGGCACUCCAGGACCAGGUUUGCCUACCCCUGCUUUGACGUGUGGUGCUGUAUAAUACUGUCUUUGUGGCUCAUUACAUCAUUGUUUCUUAUUCAUUAGAGUCCUGCAUGGGUCCGAUUUUUACGACCCGCUUCUGACCCGGACCCACUACUCCAGAAGCCGACCCGAACCCGCAGCAACACCGUCUUCUUACCCGCAACCUGACCCGACCCACUUUAAUAAGACAUGCAACCCGACCCAAACCCGCAAGUGUUUGUCUUUUACCUACUGCCUGCGUCAGCUGACUCUCACGCUCUCACAUUAACACACAGCUACCUCUACCAUUGAGUUUACACAAUAGGCUAUACAGUGUGGUAGCUUUCUCUAGUGGUCUGGAUAUAUUUUAACAUAUUAACUAUCUCUACUUACUUUACUAUACUUUCGUGCCACCCAGUUGAAAGGGAGCUACACCUGUGCUUUUGCAGAGAUGAUGUACCAGUUUUGUGGCUGUCGUUCACAAAAACAUAAUGACAAGCAAUGGAUCCAGGCCCAUGUUCAUUAUUUUCAUUCGCUGUGAUUCCAGAAUAAUUCCACACUUCUGAUUUACACCUCAAACUAUUAUCCACUACAUGAUAUAAACCCUGCGCUGUCUUUUGUUUCACCUCUUUCACAAACAUUUUUAAUAUCACCAAACAAACGUGAUAAAAAGAUCUUGCGACGUAUCAAACAAGCGAGAACAACACUGCUUAGUCAGGAAAUACUGGUACAUUUACCUUCUAAUGCGUUAUUUGGGAAAGGGUUACAGACGAGUACGCUGAAAGGACAGAAAACGUUUCUGGUGAUUCAAAUUCGGACCCGAAAAUUUUUUUUUUUUGACCCGCACCCGAACUGCAAACCGCGAAAAAGUUCAAAUCCUACCCGCUUUUUCGGGUCACCCACAAGCCCCGUGGGUACCCGACCUGAUGCAGGACUCUAUUAUUCGUGUCUUGCUCUUUCUAACAUCACUGUAGAUAAGAAGUAUUCACUUGUUUCAGUAUUCUGCAUUAAGUUGCCUGUAGAAUGAUUACAGAAUCUUCCAUUUCCCUUCUCUGAAGCAAUGCAAGGACUGAAAAGGGGUUUCUUUAUAAUGGAAUACCUGCAGCCUAGUCAGAUUUAUAUGAGAGAAAGGAUUCUUGUAAUGGAAUGCAAAGACCAUCAAAUAACCUCACACAUUUCCUAAUGCCAUGGUAACAAAGCAAUAAUGUUCUGAAUCUGUAAGGGUAAGAGCAACAAGUAGCCAACCUUAAGAAGGAGUCCAAUUGUUUUGUAUUUGUUCUCUCUUGUUAAGGAGCUCUUUAUCUUUGAAGAUCUCUGAAGGUUUGAAUUGGUAGGAUUUGUGUAGUUUACACUGUGGACAUUAAAGAGCUUUAAGCAUCUGUUUUUAA